GUCGCAGGUCGGCCAAUAAUCGCGUUUGGCCACUGCCUCAGCGCUUUGCUUCACUUUAUCUUUCUCCAUUCUUUCAUACCACCUCUAGAUUUCAUACAGCGAGUCCACUAAAAUGGCCCGUGUAAAUGCAAAGAGCUCCACCCUGUCGACUCCUACCACCUCACGCCGGCGCGCCUCUUCUUCUGCCGGUUCUUCGCCAGAGAAACCUCCAGGUCCCCUCAGCAUCGUAAUUACCCCAGAAGAGCGGGAAAUUAUAAAAUUAAAUAACGCAAAUCUCGUGGACCUAAAAAAUGCUUGUGACGAUGCCUUGAAAAGAUUCUUAUCAAGGCCAGACUUAUUCAAGCAAAUACACCUGCAUACGGAUGUCCGCCUUGCGUUAGGUUGGGCGGGCGUGUUCGUAGCAGCGGCUACUGGGCUUUAUGGUUUCAAAGUCGAAUUUGAGAAAUCAAAACCUGCUGUAUGGGCUGGCCUCAUCUUGUAUAUUAUUUUGACGACGCUCCAGGUAUUAUACUCUUAUUUCGUCGAAGGUGAUAUCAUCUUCGUAGGAAAGCGCAAGACUUUCUCAAAACGGAUUGUCACUGAGCGUAUCACUAUAUCGUCACGGACUGAGCCCGUACUCAAGACAAAACCACCGGCAUACGAAGUUUCAAUCUCUUAUGUGCAGUCCUCGGGCGCAGGGAAGUCCCUUCUAGCAAAGGGGAAAGCACGUGAAGCCAGAGGGUACAACGCGUUUUUCGACGAGUCGGGUGUUAUGAAUCAAGAGAAGUUCGAGGCGUGGGUUGGCAGCGUUGUAGAGGGAGUUAUGGAUGGAAAAGCAACAUAAAUCUGCGAGCCAACUUGUGGCUGGUACCCUUUUUCACGUCACUUUUUGAGCUUCUGGAGGAUAUGCGGAUAAUAUUGUAGUACAACAAAAUCAAGGGAUCUUUAUGUUGGUAUUUCUUUUUUUUUUAUGCCUACCGCACUACUGGUAGUACAACAGCUGGAAGGCAGUAUGCAGGGAGUUGUACGCCCUGACCAUGCAUCUGAAAAAAAUAAUGUUGGAU